AUGGCUGCAGCUCGGUUUAUCGUUCUUAUCGGCCAUGGUGGCUGUUUAACUACGACCGCGGUAAUCCCAGAAGAGCAAGAAGACGAUGCGCGCAAGGUACAUUUCACUCCCCCAUACUCAAAGUACAGACUCCAGCUGACCACGAAACACAGCACCACCGCUCGCAGUUCUGCGCUCGUCAUCGUAGAGGUUGGCGCGGAAAAGACCAAGUACACGGUUCAUCGUUCGUUUCUCACAGAACAUUCCGAGUACUUCCGCAAAGCCUUGACUGGGUCCUGGAAGGAGGCUCAGGAAGGUGUUGUCACGCUGGAGAAUGUCGACUGCGAUGGUUUCAAUAUCUUCGUUGACUGGAUGUACACGCGGAAGCUUCCAAGAAUCCCUGUCAAACACGACGACUCAGACGAUUUGGGCGACUCGAACAUAUCGAUGUUGAAAGCCCUUGUCCCUGGCGAUCGUAUUCUUGCGCUUAAUUUCCAUCGAGCGGUGCGCGAUGCAAUUAUCGAGGAUCUCAUAGUAAACUGUCCUUGGUACAAAGCCAUCAUCUAUGGGUUCGCCAAUCUUCCAAAGGAUCAUCCUGUCUUAGAUCUCAUGGUUGCAUCACACUGCCUCGACUACACUGAUAAUGAUGACACUAAGGAAAAUGGCGAUUUUCAGCGCAGAUCGCAACUACCAGUUGAUUUCCUAAUACGCGUCAUGCUUCGCUAUAGCUUCAUGAAGAGCCAAGAUUGGAGUAAAUGCAUCCUGGAUCCGUGCGAUUAUCAUGGUCAUGUAUCAGAGGAGGAUCGAGAGAAGUAUCCUGUGAAGAUGAGAGGACUGAAACAAAAGACGUAG